GGACCCACUUUAGCGUCAUGCAGCACAAUUUAAAUACUCGAACCAAGUUGGGCAACGAUUGAGUCGCACAACCUCAACAAGCAAUUGAAUAGUUAAGAUGUCGGAAACAGUCACCACCAUUGAUGUCCAGGGCAAGCUGCCCAAGGUAGCAUCCGGCAAAGUGCGCGACUUGUUCGCAGUUGACGAUGACACACUGCUUUUCGUCGCGAGCGACCGCAUAUCGGCGUACGAUGUGAUCAUGGAGAAUGGUAUUCCAGGAAAGGGUGCUCUGCUCACUGCCAUGAGCAUCUACUGGUUCAACUACCUCCCGCAGCAAGUCCCCGGCCUGAAGACCCACUACAUCAGCAACGUGCUCCCGGGCCCCAUCUCAUCCCUAACCAGCUUCCAAGACCGCUCCAUGCAAGUCCGGCGCCUGCGCAUCAUCCCCAUCGAAUCCAUUGUGCGCGGCUACAUCACCGGCUCCGGCUGGUCCGAGUACACCAAGUCCGGCACGGUGAACGGCAUCCCGCUCCCCGCGGGACUCGUCGAGGGCCAGAAGCUGCCGCAGGCGCUGUGGACGCCGAGCACAAAGGCCGAGCUCGGCGACAAGGACGAGAACAUUUCGCCGCAGAAGGCGCGCGAGAUCAUCGCGGACGCGAAGAUUGCGGCGCGCGUCGAGGAGCUGAGUCUGCUGAUCUACGAGGCGGCCGCGAGGCGCGCCGAGGCCGUGGGCAUUGUGCUUGCGGAUACCAAGUUUGAGUUUGGGCUUGAUGAGGCGGGCGAGGUGGUGCUGGUUGAUGAGGUGCUGACCCCGGAUAGCAGUCGCUUCUGGCCCAAGGAGACGUGGGAGCAGAACUUGGGCAAGGCUCAGCCGAGCUUUGAUAAGCAGUUCUUGCGCGACUGGCUGACGAGCAAUGGGCUGAAGGGGAAGGAGGGGGUCAAGGUGCCUGAGGAAAUUGUGCAACAGACAGCGGCGAAGUACCGCGAGGCGUAUGAGAAGAUCACCGGAAAGUCUGCAUAAAGUGAACCCGCAGAGUUUCUUUUGCAUGCAAGUAAGACACGGGAGA